UGGAGCGCAAGACGGUUCCUUCAAUUCUGAUACUAACCAGCAAAUAAACUCGCACUGCAGCGAUGAAACAACGUUGAUGUCUGAUUGUUACUAAAGCUGAUAAUGUCUACCAAAGCCGAGCAAUUUGCUUCUAAGAUACGAUACUUGCAAGAGUAUCACAACCGUGUGCUUCACAAUAUUUACCCUGUGCCAUCUGGAACGGAUAUAGCAAACACACUGAAAUACUUUUCCCAAACACUGCUAAGCAUUCUAUCCCGCACAGGCAAGAAGGAGACCCAGGAUGCUUCCAAUUUGGCAGUGCCCAUGACCAUGUGUCUUUUUCCUGUGCCAUUCCCACUCACACCAUCUCUAAGACCACAAGUCAGUUCCAUCAACCCUUCAGUUACUCGCUCCCUCCUUUACAGCGUGCUGCGUGAUACCCCGUCUGACCGCGGGCAACAAAGUCGGGAUGCUCAGUUGUCAGAUUACCCCUCUUUGGACUAUCAGGGGCUCUAUGUGACGCUGGUGACCGUGCUUGACCUUGUACCCUUGCUCCAGCAUGGUCAACACGAUCUUGGACAGUCCAUAUUUUACACAACGACUUGUCUUCUACCGUUUCUCGGUGAUGAUAUUCUGAGCACUUUACCAUACACAAUGAUCUCGACCUUAGCAACAUUCCCACCAUUUCUGCACAAGGACAUUGUUGAAUAUCUUAGCACAUCUUUCUUGCCAAUGGCCAUAUUGGGCUCAAACAGGAGAGGAGGAGGUGUUCCAGCCUAUGUCAAUCUGUCUGCAUCUUCGAUGUUAAUGAUUGCUAUGCAAUACACUUCCAAUCCUGUGUAUCACUGUCAGUUGUUGGAAUGCCUCAUGAAAUACAAGCAGGAGGUCUGGAAGGAUUUGCUGUACGUUAUAGCCUAUGGGCCAUCUCAGGUGAAACCUCCAGCAGUUCAAAUGCUUUUCCACUACUGGCCAAACUUGAAGCCACCUGGAGCAAUCAGUGAGUACAGAGGACUGCAGUACACAGCAUGGAAUCCCAUCCAUUGUCAACACAUUGAAUGCCACAAUGCAAUUAACAAGCCAGCUGUAAAGAUGUGCGUAGACCCCUCACAUUCGGUGGCUUUAGGAGACAAACCCCCUCCACUGUACAUAUGUGAAGAAUGCAGCCAGAGGAUUGCAGGGGAUCAUGCUGAAUGGCUCAUUGAUGUUCUGUUGCCACAAGCUGAAAUAUCCGCUAUUUGUCAGAAGAAGAACUGUAGUUCACACGUCAGGAGAGCAGUAGUUACCUGCUUCUCAGCUGGGUGCUGUGGACACCACGGCAACAGGCCAGUUCGCUACUGUAAGCGUUGCCAUGUCAACCAUCAUAGCAGCGAGGUGGGAGCAGCGGCCGAGACCCACCUCUACCAGACGUCCCCCCCUCCUAUCAACACUCGGGAGUGUGGAGCCGAGGAGCUGGUGUGCACUGUGGAGGCUGUCAUCAGCCUGCUGAAGGAGGCUGAAUUCCAUGCAGAGCUGAGAGAGUACGAGAUGAACCGUCGCAGACAGAUGGGUCUGUCCUCCUCACACCACUCCCUGGACAACACAGACUUCGACAACAAAGACGAUGACCAGCAUGACCAGCGCCUCCUCAGCCAGUUCGGCAUCUGGUUCCUGGUGAGCCUGUGCACGCCGAGUGAGAACACCCCCACAGAGAGCCUGGCCAGGCUGGUCAGCAUGGUGUUCCAGUGGUUCCACUCCACCGCCUACAUGAUGGAUGAUGAGGUGGGGAGUCUGGUGGAGAAGCUCAAGCCUCAGUUUGUCACAAAGUGGCUGAAGACUGUGUGUGACGUGCGCUUUGACGUCAUGGUCAUGUGCCUGCUUCCCAAGCCGGUGGAGUUUGCUCGAGUUGGAGGGUACUGGGACAAGUCGUGCAACACAGUGAUGCAGCUGAAGGAGGGUCUGAACCAGAUCCUGUGCCUGAUCCCCUACAACGUGAUCAGCCAGCCUGUGUGGGAGUGCAUCAUGCCGGAGUGGCUGGAGGCCAUCAGAACCGAGGUACCAGACAGCCAGCUCAAAGAGUUCCGUGAAGUGCUCAGUAAAAUGUUUGAUAUCGAGCUGUGUCCCCUGCCCUUUUCUAUGGAGGAGAUGUUUGGUUUCAUAAAUUGCCGCUUCUCUGGGUAUCCAGCAUCUGCACAGGAGCAGGCCCUGCUCUGGCUUCAUGUGUUAUCAGAGCUGGAUAUAGUGGUGCCCCUGCAGUUGCUGAUUGGAAUGUUUUCAGAUGGCGUGAACUCUGUCAAAGAAUUAGCAAACCAGAGGAAGGCAAGGGCCAAUGACCUGGCUGGAAACCUUGGGGCAAGGAGGGUGAGCGUGGUGUCAGAUCCAGGGCGUCACGGGCAGCACAACACACUGAGCCCCUUCCCCAGCCCCUUCCCCAGCCCUCUGCACUGCAGCCCCUUCAAGCACUUGAGCCAUGCUGCCGGACACCGCACCCUCGACCUGGACUGCGAAGAGGACGACAUGAACCUCAACUGCUUCAUCCUCAUGUUCGACCUCAUCCUCAAGCAGAUGGAGCUACAAGAUGACGGAGUCACCCUUGGUCUUGACAACAGUCUGUCCAAAGACAUCAUCAGCAUCAUCAACAACGUGUUCCAGGCUCCCUGGGGUGGCUCCCACACCUGCCAGAAGGAUGAGAAGGCGGUCGAGUGCAACCUCUGCCAGUCCAGCAUCCUCUGCUACCAGCUGGCAUGCGAGCUCUUGGAGAGACUGGCACCAAAGGAAGAGAUCCGAUUGGUGGAGCCCACAGACACCCUGGAGGAGAGCCUCAUCUUCCCUCGACCGGAGUUCACCAUUGGAACUGAGGUAGAGGAGGAGAAUCUGACAAGCAAACAAGGAGGCAACCCUGGAAACAAAAGCGGCUCCACUGAGAAACUUACUAUGAAGAAUAAUGCUGACAAGAAAUUCUCAUACCAGCAACUGCCUGUUACCUUAAAGCUGAUCUAUACAAUACUGCAGGAAAUGCCCAAGUUCGAGGAACCCGACAUUCUCUUCAAUAUGCUGAACUGUUUGAAGAUUCUCUGUCUUCAUGGAGAAUGCCUAUACACUACCCGGAAGGAUCACCCACACUUUCUAGCAUACACCCAGGACAAGAUGUUGAUUCCAAGUCUGUGGCGAGUGCUCACCUCAGAGUUCUCCCAGCUGGCCUCGCUGGCUGUUCCACAGCUGCUCCAUGCCCUCUCUCUGCCCCACGGGGCCGAUAUCUUUUGGGGCAUUGUCAACAGCAACUUUAACAGCAAGGACUGGAAAAAGCGCUUUGAAGCAGUGGAGAGAGUGGCAGUGCUCUGCCGGUUCCUGGACAUCGCCUCUGUGACUAAGAACCACCUGCUGAAGUACUCUCUGGCUCACGCUUUCUGCUGUUUCCUGGCAGCAGUGGAGGAUGUUAAUCCUGCCGUGGCAACGCGGGCCCGGUUGCUGCUGGACACCAUCAAGAGACCAGCUUUGCAGGGUCUGUGCCUCUGCCUGGAUUUUCAGUUCGACACUGUCGUGAAGGAUCGACCCACUAUUCUCAGCAAACUGCUGCUGCUUCACUUCCUCAAACAAGACAUCCCUGCACUCAGCUGGGAGUUCUUCGUCAACCGCUUUGACACACUAUCCCUGGAGGCUCAGCUACACCUUGACUGCAACAAAGAAUUCCCAUUUCCAACAACUAUCACAGCAGUCCGGACCAAUGUGGCUAACCUGAGCGACGUGGCCAUGUGGAAAAUCAAGAGGGCGCGCUUCGCACGGAACCGUCAGAAGAGCGUGCGCUCCCUCCGAGACAGUGUGAAGGGCCUCACCGAGUCAAAGAGAGCCCACUCACUGCCUGAGACACUGAGCAGCAGACCUCUGAGACUAACAAGGCAUGAGCAGUCAGCUCCAACUCUUGGAGACAUGAUAGACCAUGUACUGCCAGACCAGAGCACCCCUGAGGACGACACCAUGAUCAAGGAUCCUCUCCCUGAGGAUGCUGGGAUUGACCAUCAGACGGUGCAUCACCUGAUCACAGUGCUGAUGAAGUUCAUGGCAAAGGAUAAGAGCAGCGCUGAGGUGGACAUUGGCAGCGCUAAGGCAUUCAACACAGUCAAGAGGCACUUGUAUGUGCUGCUGGGCUACGACCAGCAGGAGGGCUGCUUUAUGAUUGCACCGCAGAAGAUGAGGACCUCCACCUGCUUUAAUGCGUUCAUCGCCGGCAUCUCCCAGGUGAUGGACUACAAUAUCCACAUGGGGAAGCAUCUCUUACCCCUGGUGGUGCAGGUUCUCAAGUACUGCACCUGCCCCCAGCUGCGCCACUACUUCCAGCAGCCCCCCCGCUGCUCCCUGUGGUCACUGCGGCCACACAUCAGACAGAUGUGGCUCAAGACUCUGCUGGUGGUUCUCUACAAGUACCCCUACAGAGACAUGGACAUCAGUAAGAUAGUUCUACAUCUGAUCCACAUCACAAUCAAUACGCUGAACGCACAGUAUCACAGCUGUAAGCCUCACACCACUGCUGGCCCUCUAUACAGCGACAACAGCAACAACAGCCGCUACAGCGAGAAAGAGAAAGAGGAGGACAGUGUAUUUGAUGAAUCCGACAUACACGACACCCCGACUGGCGCUUGUAACAAGGAGUCUCAGACCUUCUUUGCAAGACUGAAGAGAAUCGGAGGCAGCAAAUCUGUGAAAUACCAACCUGUGGAAAUGAACGCUCAGAAAAGUGAAAUCGAGCUUUCUGAAUACAGAGAUGCCAGCGCUCUCCAGGACAGCAUCCUGCGCUGUGUGAGGGAGGAGAGCAUCAAGAAGAAGAGGCUCCAGCUUUUAAAACAGAAGUCGCUGGACAUUGGGAAUGCCGAUUCAAUUUUGUUUAACUUGGACGAGCACCGAAGGAAGUCUUGCAUUGACCGAUGUCAGCUGGACAAGCACGGUGUGGCUUUCUCAGCCUGCAACACCAAACCGGAUGACCACUGCAGCAAAGCCUCUGAAGACGCAUUGGGGAAGGCAGAAGCAAAUGACCCUCAUGAAAAAUUCGGCCAAGGCGAUGGAUCAAGUGAAAACAAACGGCCGGUAAUCCCUGAAGUCAGGCUGAGCUACAUGGAGACAUCUGUGGACAAGGUGGACUCUCCAGGUGGACACCCCCCAUUUAAAGAAGAUCCUGAUCUCAUCGACCUGUCCUCUGACUCCACUUCAGCUCCAGAGAAGAGGUCGACCAUCUCAACGUCUGACAGUGACUCUUUGGUCUUUGAGCCCCUGCCUCCUCUGCGUAUAGUGGAGAGCGAUGAAGAGUAUGAAAUGCAGAACCCCACAUACAUCAAACCCAAUGGAAAGGUUACUCGGUCGCCUUCCACCAGCAACACACUCGGCUAUACCCCUCUUGUGCAGGUCAAGGACCACUCCAAAGAUUGCAAGCCCAAGGGUUUUGUGGACAAUACUUUGCUAACCAAUGAAAGACGACCUUCCAUAAAUCCCAUGGCCUUGCUUGACUGCAAGGAUCUCUCAAAGCCUGCAGAAUUUACAGACUUGUGCAACGAGAGCCCUAUGACCCUGAACCAAAAGAGAUACCUACUCAAGAAGUCUGUGGCUUUGCCCGAGAUAUCCCUUGAUGAUAACUGCGAGAUUCGCCUGGAAGAGAUCAAGCUGGGUGUGGGGACCAUCGUCAGCCCCUCUGUGAAAACUGUGUUCCUGAACGUUCCCAGGGACGUGGACGAACCAGCCCCCAAUGAUUCUGAGUCAGACAGUGAGCAAAUGAGCAACAUGAAACCAGAGAAUGAGGAGGCUGAGUUCAAAAUACAGAUUGUGCCUCGGCAGAAGAAGCACAGGAAGAUCGCCGUCAGUGCCAUUCAGAGGGAGUACCUUGACAUUUCUUUCAACAUGUUGGACAAACUGGGGGAUCAACAGGGUGAACCAGAUCAGAAAGGUUUUACAACCCUGGAAAUGCCACGAGAAUCUGCGUCUGCCCCAACACUCGAAGCUGCAAUUCCAGAAACAAACAGCCACUCUUCAAUAUCAACACAAUACAGACAGAUGAAGCGCGGCUCCCUGGGAGCGUUGACAAUGAGCCAGUUAAUGAAGAGACAGUUGGAACAUCAGUCUAGUGCGCCACACAACAUCAGCACAUGGGAAGCAGGUGCUACAAAGUGUAGCCUGUUAUCAGCUCCCAGUACUGUCAGCAUGUUUGUGCCGGCACCUGAAGAGUUUACUGAUGACCAACCAACAACAAUGACAGACAGGUGUCACGACUGUGGAGCGGUUCUGGAGGAGUACGAUGAAGAAAGCCUGGGCCUGGCUGUAGUGGUGCUCUCAAUGUUCAUUCAUUUGAGCCCAGACCUGGCAGCUCCCCUGCUCCUUGACAUCAUGCAGUCUGUGGGAAGAUUGGCAUCCAGCACCAAUUUCUCUGGUCAAGCAGAGAGCAUGAUGAUUCCUGGCAACGCUGCUGGGGUAGCAAAACAGUUUCUCCGCUGUGUUUUCCACCAGCUGGCCCCUAAUGGCAUUCUCCCUCAGCUCUUCCAAAGCAACAUCAAAGACGGGAGUUUUUUAAGAACUCUGGCUUCUUCCCUUAUGGAUUUUAAUGAGCUGAGCUCGGUCGCUGCACUCAGUAUGCUACUAGAGGGUUUAAACAAUAAGAAGAGUUUGCCAGCAGGGGGCCCCAUGCUUCACUGUCUGGAGAACAUUGCCACCUUCAUGGAAGCGCUACCCAUGGACUCUCCCAGCAGUCUGUGGACGACCAUCUGUAACCAGUUCCAGACCUUUUUAACAAAACUGCCCUCCAUCUUACCACUGAAGUGCUGCUUAGACUCAAGUUUAAGAAUUAUUAUCUGCCUGCUGAAGAUUCCUACCACAAAUGCAGCAAGGAGCCUGCUGGAACCCUUUUCCAAAUUACUGGGUUUUGUGAUUCAGCACGCGGUUUUCAGCCUCCCCUACCUUGCGGAGCUCUGUGGAUUGUGCUAUCGAGGCUUCAACAAGGAGCGGGAUAAAUUCUAUCUGUCUCGCAGUGUUGUUUUGGAGUUGUUGCAGGCUUUAAAAUUUAAAUCACCUCUUCCUGACACUAACUUGCUGCUGCUGGUGCAGUUUGUCUGUGCUGAUGCUGGAACACGACUAGCUGAGUCGACAAUCCUGCAGAAGAACAUGAUUGCAUCUAUACCUGGUUGUAUCACAGCUGCAAUGGAGUGCAUGAGGCAAUAUAUUAAUGAAUUACUGGACUUCAUAGCUGACAUGCAUACAUUGACAAAGUUAAAAAGUCACAUGAAGACCUGCUGUCAGCCCUUGCAUGAAGACACUUUUGGCGGGAACCUGAAAGUAGGUCUUGCACAAAUAGCCGCAAUGGAAAUCAGCAAAGGUAAUCACCGUGACAACAAGGCUGUGAUUCGCUACCUGCCUUGGCUCUACCACCCUCCGUCUGCCAUGCAACAAGGACCCAAAGAGUUUAUUGAGUGCGUCUCCCAUAUUCGCCUGCUGUCUUGGCUGUUGCUCGGAUCUCUUACCCACAGUGCAUUGAAUCAAGGGUCUACUUCCUGUAUGCCCAUUCCACUCGACGCUGGCUCACACAUUAGUGAUCACCUGAUUGUCAUCUUGAUUGGGUUUCCAGAACAGUCAAAGACAUCAGUUUUGCACAUGUGCUCCCUGUUCCAUGCAUUUAUGUUUGCCCAGCUCUGGACAAUCUACUGUGAGCAGGCAGCUGCAACCCCCACAAUGCAGAACCAGAAUGAGUUUGCAUCCACUGCAAUCCUCACGGGCCUGGAGUUCUGGAGCAGAGUCACUCCCAGCAUUCUUCAACUCAUGGCACAUAAUAAAGUGAUGGUUGAAAUGGUGUGUUUGCAUGUGAUCAGCUUAAUGGAGGCUCUUCAGGAAUGCAACUCAACCAUUUUUGUAAAGCUCAUACCCAUGUGGUUACCUAUGAUUCAGUCAAAUUUGAAGCAUUUAUCAGCUGGGCUGCAAUUGCGUCUUCAAGCAAUACAGAACAACGUGAACCAUCAGUACCUGCAGGGUCUACAGGGCUGCGCUCAGACCAGCGCCAUCCCUUCAGUGCUGCGCAAGUGGUUACAGUGCACCCAGUUCAAAAUGGCCCAGGUGGAGAUCCAGUCCUCGGAAGCGGUGUCCCAGUUUUACCCCAUGUGAAAUACCAUGGCAACAACCAGUGCUUAUUCUGCUGAACGCCACAUUGAGUGAAGUCAGGUGAUGCAAUGCAAUGGCAUUUUCAGCCAGACCAUGUCUGUAUAUAAAGCAUUAAAGUGAAACUACUGGGUUGUCAUUCCACGUUUUCUAAAGCGUUUACAGAAAAUGGUAAUUAUUGUAUCUAUAUUUAUCAAUGUCAAAAUUUCCCAACAUCGCAGUAUGUUUGACAAGGGUUUAGAAAACACACAAUGAGAUAUUUUGAGGUUUCUGAUGACUAUGUCUUUGAAUAAAUUAUACAUUCAAUGAUGUGAAACUUUUUAAAUGUCUAUGCCUUAAAAGGGUGAAGUGCUAAAUAUCUACAGUGAAGUGUGUUUGGAUAAGAAUAAACACUUUAGGAGACACCGAAUCAAAUAGAAAGAAAUUAAAGCCACAGAAAGAUUCUUCCAUUCUUUGUAGUCCUUACAAGGGUAGUACUCUUAAACGCACCAUGCAAUUGUGCCAACUUGUGUUGACUUUUAUAAAUAAAACUGUUAAUAAAUGAAAAUAUUACACUAAUUGUAUCUUUAAAUUAAAUGAUGGUACAUGUGAUGUAUAGUAUCAUUGAAGUGCCAUCCCGGGUCACUGCUGGACACAAUUGUAUUUUUGAAAAGAUACAAAUUGCACUAACAUUUCUGUUACAGAACGUAGUAACACUUAAUAAAGAAGACUACAGAUUGAGAGUGGAAGCUUUGUUUCUGUUUUCUAUACGUUUAAAGGAAUAUACAACACCUAGGGGAACUGUCUGAAUAAGGUGAUGACGUUUGGAUAGCAUACCUGUUUACUAUUAUGGGGCAUCUGAUCAUUUUUUAUUGCCUGUGACUUACUCCAGGGAUCACGGUUAUCUUCUUUAAUAGUUUUCAGUUCUUUAUUCAAUAAAAGAUGAAUAAUGAAA